GGACUCAGUUGCUCGCAUUUUGCUGACUGUUGUUUAUAAAGUACUUAAGGUUAAGCACGUCAGGAGGACCAAGGUGGGUCAGUUUGGAAGAAGCUGUAUUAACGAGUGUAGCUGCAUGAUUUGACACAUUCUAUUCAUCACAGCAACCUCACUACCACAUCUAAUCAAUUGCUGAUAUGUACAUAACUCCCAUGGGAAAGCCUUCCCAAAGGGUUGGUAUUUGUGCUUCAACAGCAAUGUAAGUAUAACUUAUAACCAAUUAGGCCUACAUUUGUAUGCACACUCUUUUUUGGUUGAUUGUUUCACUCAUCACUUUUGAUUGGAUUGGGCGACAAGAAUAAUUGUCAAGAGCAUGACAAGAAGCAUUGUCACCCAAUCAUUGCAUAAAAUAAGCAAAAAUAACUGGUUUUCAGGAGAAGGCAUGACCAAAUACUGAAGUACCAAGCUGUGAAGUGCUGCCAUUUUUUUUACAGAUAAUCACAAGGUGCUCCUUGUUCCUCAUUUCCUUUGCUUAUGUCAACAGAAAAAGAAAGAAUGCAAGUUAGGACGUGGCCAAGAAGGAUGUGCAGUCUGGAUUUGACAGUUAUUUUGGGUGAAAUCACUAAGUGAUGUGACUGAAGCGAGACAAAAGGGGGUGACUACAGCUGCUGAGUAGCAGAGAUGAUGAAAAUGAUGGGCUCUCUACUCAUUUCACAGUGGGCAAGAGCAGUGGCGAGUUUGAAAGGGGACCUUCCUAAGAAUCCUAAUCAGCAGUUUGACAGCAUCACUCAGAGCAAUUGCAAAACCUCUAAUGUGGAUCAUAUAUUGGCCAUAUGUCUGUAUAUUUCAGUUCGGACAGCCUAUAAAUUGCUGAGUAGGCUGAAAGGGAGAGAAAGCAGCAGGAAGAGGAGAAAUUUAAUGGUCACUUUCUUGAGGCCAGUAAAGAGGAGGCUGUUUAAGGUGCAGACAGGGCAAUGCAAGUGGAUGCAUAUAAGAAUCCCCUCAAGUAUGACUCCUUAGGACUUCCUUCUGAGAGCCCCUCCAUGCAACUAUGAAAGAUGGCGGCUGGUGCUAGCUAGUUUCUGACUUGAGCAUUUCUGGCUCAACUUCUGUGGAACAAAAAUGUAUUUUCUUGGCUUGGAACUCUGCAGUGGAUGUUUCCAAUUUAUGCAUAUCCAAUCAAAAGCAAUAUUCAGCUAAUCCAGCUAUUGGCCUGGAUGUCUAGCUAUUUAGCUUGCUAACCAGGCACAGCAAGAGCGCAACUUUGUCAAAAGGGACCAAGUUAACCUAUUCAUUUAUCCCUUUGUCAAAGGGGAUUAAGUUAAUACAAUAUCUAUUCUUUCGAAUCCAUCUAUGAAAGCCAUUUAACAAAUAUAUUUGAAAAAACAAUUUUCAGUGUGAGACAUUAGUUUGUAAAGCUACUGACUGAUUAUGGAAAGAGUUUUGCUUAUGGUAUCUGUUCAAAGGAAUAGAACCUUGAUUUUUCUACUUGAAAUAAUACCUAUCCUCCUGUGAUGUGUUAAUGCAAAUGCCAGCAGCCAUUUCUUGAAUGAGCAAUUUCACUCCCCAAAUAUGAGGGAUUCUGUCUAGUUUAGGGUGUACUAUUUGUCCAGCAGAAUGACAGUGAAGAAAUGGAUACCUGCAAGAAAAAGCUUGGUGCAGGGUUAUUGUUUUUUGGGUUUUUUUUCCAGAAUAUAAAAGGAACACUGGUUAAUGCAGUUUGUUGCUGAUUGAAAAGUGGAGAGACACUGAAUAAUGCAGGGCAUCUUACAAACCAGCUGUCAAUUGUAAAAUUUUCAUUAUGUGGAGUGUCACUGUGAUAUCACAUGCAAUGUUAAAGGUACAACACAGCCAUCUUAAUCAUCUCUUGAAAACUGCUGAUUUUGGUCGCUAACAGCUUGGCUUGCAACACUGCCUUUGCUUGUGACGUUCCCUGCAUUUACAUUUAUGCCAUUUAAGUAUCAACUAUACACACUAUUUACACACAAUCCAUUUACAGAAAAAAAGUCAGGCCAAGUACCUCGCCCAGGGGUACAGCAGCAGUACACCACCUGGGAAUCAAAGCUACCAGAUUGACGUUGCACGCCCAGGUCCCUAACCACUGCGCGCUACACUGCUGCUCUUGCUAUGAGAAAAUAACUAGCCUAUAUUUUACUGUGGAUUGUGUGGGCGUCACCACGUGUGGCCAUCAGUGCAUCGGUUUCUAGCACUAUCUGUGCAUACACAAUUUCAUCCAAUAGGUCCACACGUAAUCUUCAGAAGUGAACAACUGUCCUUCAAAUUCCUCUUCUAAACCAAAUGUAAAAACUGCAUUGUAUGCUGCACAUAUACUUGGGCAUACACAAUGUAUACUGCACUAGUUUGGUUUACACCACCACUUGAACUCUAUACCACCUACACUAUUCUCCUCUCUUUGAUUAACAUUAUGGUUUUACUAGCUACUGGAAUUGCUUUUACAUUUUUACAUAGUGGAUCCAUAGAACAUUAAACCGUGUUGGGCAUAAGGGGCACAGCCUAUCAGUUGCUGGUUUCAUUUGUGGACGUGUUGAGGAAGUGACACCUACGCUCACAUGCCACCCAGUACUGGAACAUAGGAUGACACAGGUUCAUUUACUGUGAACUUGUGAAAGAUGGACAUUCAUUUUGAAAAUGGCUAAUUGGAAGUAGCCUGCUGCACUCAAAGUUUGUGAAGCCAGCUGCUGUGAACCGGGCUGUUCCCCUCCGUGGGGCUGGAAAGCCCUGAGCUCGCUAUGGAGAUGGAAGGCAGGGACGACUACGCCGAAGACAGCGAGUGCCACAGCAACAAUUCCCAAGAGGCCGAAGAGCAGGACAGCGUGACAGAAGACAGUGACAGCUACCUGGACAACCCUGGUGAGGACUCGUCCUCCAGCACCUCAGCAGACGACAACAUGACGGGCACUAAGAGUGGCCAGUGCCCCCUGCAGGAGGGGGACGUGAAGGAGGAGAGCGAGGAGUGGGGAGACCUGGCCAACGGCUACUUGUGUCCUCUGUGUACGCUGGAGUUCAGCAGCCCUGAGCAGCUCAUAGCACACGUGUACCAGCACACGGCGAUGGUGGGCGGCAGCAAGAGCUACGUGUGCCCCGUGUGCGGACGGGCGCUCAGCUCGCCGGGCUCCCUCGGGCGCCACCUCCUCAUCCACUCCGCGGACCGCCUGUCCAACUGCGCCGUGUGCGGGGCGCGCUUCACCGACACCAGCAACUUCAACAGGGAGAAGCUGCAGGAGGUCCUCGGCACCGGCAGCCUGGAGAACAGCGGCAGUGAGGAUGCGUGCCCCAUGUCGCAGUCCCUCUGCGGCGCCUCCAUGCCCGAUUCCAGCCCGGGCCCUGCGCUCCCCUCGCUGCCCGACAGCCUGCUGUCCUCUGCACCCUCCCUCCCGUCCCUCCCCGACUCCCUGAGCCCCUCCAGCGCCGGCCUGCCCCCGCUGCCCGACAUCCUCAGCCCCAUGCCCGUGUACCCGGCCGGGGUGCUGCUGGUGUGCAACAGCUGCGUGGCCUACCAGCAGCUGGUGGAGGCGCAGUCGCCGUCCAUGCGCAAGUGGGCGGCCCGGCGCAAGAACGAGCCGGUGGAGGCGCGCAUGCAGCGGCUGGAGCGCGAGCGCACCGCCAAGAAGAGCAAGCGGGCGUGCGAGUCGGCCGAGGAGCGGGAGCUGCGGCGGCUGCGGGACCGCGAGGCCAAGCGGCUGCAGCGCAUGCAGGAGACGGAGGAGCAGCGCGCCCGCCGGCUGCAGCGCGACCGCGAGGCCAUGCGCCUCAAGCGCGCCAACGAGACGCCCGAGAAGCGGCAGGCGCGGCUGGUCCGCGAGCGCGAGGCCAAGCGGCUCAAGCGGCGGCUGGAGAAGAUCGACCCGUCGCUGCGCACGCAGAUCGAGCACGACCCCGCCGCCAUGGCCGCCCUCACCGCCGACAUGAGCCUCUUCCAGUUCCCCUGCCCCAUGCCCUGCCCCGCCCUGGACAGCAGCCUCUUCAUGAAGCUGCCGUAGCCGCCGACGCCGUCGCCCUCGGCGCGCACAGCCCCUAAGGAAGGCCGCACGAGUCUUCAGACUGGACCAGCCGAGCCACGAUGCAACCCCCCUGCCCCGACGCUGGAGGCGCUCGUGCGCGACUAUUCCUGCCUGGUCUACACUGCUCGACUACAGACACCUUGCCCAUCCAGACAAAACAUGACUCCUAUAUUAAUGACAACAAACAAUGUGAACUUGUAACAAAACAAAGACAGGGUAAAGACCUUAUGGAUUCUGUUAUAAAGAAGCAUGUUUUAAAGACAUUAUGCUGUUUGUUUGUAUUGGACUGAUGGACCUACAGGCCUGACACUCCCCCGCAAUGGACAGCAACUCAUCCCCGUUGUGGGAGAAUCGGUUUGCACACGGACCUACAGGUGGUGCGAGAGGGAAACGCCCACUCUCUUCACCUCCCCCUGCUGUCCGAAUCUGCCAGUUCAUUGGCUGUUCCUCCCGUACGCUGCCAACGUGAGUCACCUGCCAGCUCAUAUCCACUGAAUCUUCUACCUCGCAUUUGGGCCCUGGCACCGGGCCCUGGCAGUGCCCGUUCUGCCCCCUGGCCUCGUUUUUGACUCCCUCGCACCCAGACAGGCCCAUGGGACAUUGGCUGUUCGGGCACACACACAGACACACACACACACAAGUUCACUUUACAAUCAAGGCUGCGUCAACUCCCACCUCCUCUUCCCAAACUACCUAGCUCACCCAUCCCAGGAUGCCCUUACUUAAGGUAGAGACUACCCUCUCCUUUGCUAAUAUUCAGUGAAUCUCUAUGUGGCGCUCUAAGAGAGGAUGAAUUUAGUGAUUUUGAAUGUUUUUAGUUUAUAACACCCACACACCACCUCAGCUCUUUCUGUACACUACAGAAAAAACAGCAAGACCUGCGUUUCUGGUUCUGGGAGGGGGGGGAGGAAAAAUGCAAUUCCUCGAAACCCCCGCUAGCCUCUCCUAACCUGACCAUUCUGUUAUCUUCUCCAUAAGCCUUGGAGCUCACUGCCUUUACCGGUCACAUUGACCCUUCUGAAUCCAGUUUGCACAUAGUGUACCCACUGCAUACAGCCUCCGGUUCUGCCGAGUCUUUCAUCUGGAUAGAGGAAGUCUAUCACUCUGGCAUUCAUCACAUUGCAGAGGAGGCCCGUUAAAAUGCAAUUUUCUUCUGCUGCUCUUAAUACUGGUUAUUACCUCGGUAAGCUCAGUCGGGGCCAACGUCUAAGAAUGCCGUUUUAGGUGAUGGCAUUGCCUUCAUCACAAGGUUAUCGUUAUAGUUCUCCCAUGCCACUUUAUCAGAGAAACUGUUCAGCCUGAGAUAAUCACUCCUGGUCGUCACGAUUGGGGGGUUAUUGGCUUUCAACUGCUGAGGACUUCUUUAGACGUCCUUUGAUUGGCUGUAAUUUUUUUUUUUGUUGUUUGUUUGUUUGUUACUAAAGGGUUAUUCUCAAUAUGGUAUGUUUGUAAAUGUAGCUCAGUUGAAAUGCAUCUUGACCAUUUAGCUUGAAUGAAGCUUAAAUGCAACAAAACACAACAAACGUUGAAAAAUACAUGGGAAAUGAGACUGAAACUGUCCCAGGUAAUUAGAAUUAUUAUUCUUUUUUAGUUAAUUUUACAUUUUUAUUUUUUAUAGCAAAGUUGAUACCUCGGGUAGGUUCUAACUGUUAUGCAACAGGAGUUUUAUUCAAACCCAUGGAAAAAUCUACUUUAACUAUGCAGAUAGUGAUUUAAGAAAUGGACACGAAUACAAUGAAUUGUGCAACUCAGGCAAUGCAGCAUGGAGGACCUUUGAGUACUUAACUCAGCACCCUGGUGCAAGAUGAGCUAUUAGGGUGACUCUUCUUCCUAUGCUACAACCAUAAUCAUAUCAAAGGUGUGGUUAUGGCAAACUCUGUCUCCCCACGGGCCCAGUUUUAAGUAUUUGUGUUGGGUAAGAUACGUGCACAACCUUCAUCACAUGCAACAGAAUUGCACAUCCACAUUUACCAAACCUGCAUUCCGCCUAAGUGAAACGUGAUAAAACUGCAGGCUGAUGGAGUUUUCUGGGUAGUCUUAAAAGCAUAUGCAUUUCUAAUGCAAGACUGCAAACACUGAGGGGAAUAUGCAAAUACAUGCAUAUGAACUACCUCACAUGAUCUCACAUGGCUGCAAAUUCAUAAAAGAUUAUCAAUUGCAUAUUUUUAAUUGCCUGGGGAAAGCACUCUUAACUUUCAAGCACGAGAGCAUUGCCACGGCUGCUGUAUUUGUUGGGAAAUAUGGUUAGCAUUGAAGAGAACACAUUUGAAAAUUGUUUACUACGUGACCUUUUAAGAGAUCUCGGGGGGGGGGGGGGGGGGAGGUAAAAACCUAUGGGCUCCCAAGUUAUGCAAUACUGGACGAGAGAAAACAUCAGACGAUGCCACACAAAAUCACCAUUCCAACUACAUGGGACUGCCUCACCAUUCUACGGGGCCUUGCGUCUGGCUCAUACCUCAGUGAAGUUUACAAUGGAGCUCACAUCUCAUGGGAAGUUUCCGUUGAGUUGUCCCCUGUCCUGAAAUUAAGAUGUGUUAUCAACACAUUCGCAAGAGUGUCUCUGUUAAUUGCAGUAAUAAUGUUAAAGCUCAGAUUUGCAGAUUUGUUCAUUUACGUGGUUUCCUUUAGUAAAUACUGUACCAAAUCAAAAAUUUGUGUGGACACAUUUUUAUAGCAUCAGUUAAAUUCCCUCCCAAGUCUCCUAGAACAUAUCUGCUCCAGUUCUAGGGCGUAUCCAGUGUUAGAAUACAAUUGAAGAGACAACAGGGCCUCUGAAUAAAGAACUACUGUAACACAUACUCCGUUAAAAAUGUCAGUUCUGAAAACUACCAGUACACCUUCAAAAUGUUUUUGCCUUUUUGUUUUGCUUAUUUAGAAUAUACAUAUAUAUAAAUUAUAUAUAUAUAUACACACACCAACUACUGUACAUUUCAAGAUCUGUGAAAUCAUUGUGACAAGGCUAUUGAGUCAAUGUGUUAUACUUCUCAAACAAUUGUGUAAAUUUAACGAUUUUAUUUGAAAUGCCACAGAGCAUUUUAUGCAUUUGCAAAGAAAAAAACUCUAUGAAGACUUUUAGUGCUGGAGUGGCUGUCAGCGUAACCUGGAGUUACAGUCUGGUGUAGGUUGAUACUGCAUGUCGUAAACUGCAUUUGUUCUAGGAUUGUUACAUAUGAGCUAGUGUUCUGCUAUUAUAUUGCCUGCCUGUUUUUGUUAGAAUUCAAAAAAUGGGGGAUUUUACAAUAUUGCUUAAAUUCAGUCAUUUUGUUACUUUAUCUGGAUACUAUUUUACUAUUCAUGUUUACAAAAGAAAAGUGGCCAAUACAAAUGGAGAAAAUAUGAAGGGAGAACAUUAUUUAUGAUAGAUCCGUCGCGUCACGUGUUGUGAAUAGCCCCAAGCGGGGAACCACUCUGUUACUGGAUUAACAGAUGUAUAGAUUAUAACGAAGGCGAGAAUAGAAUGUGAGAAUAAACUAACAUUUUCUCUAA